CCUCUGGGAGUAAAUGAAGGGCUGUGAUUGUGUUCUCUACAACUAAACUUCUACAUUGAGAUCAUCUGCUCUCUGAAGCCUCAUCACAAUGAUCACCUCGCAUCUGGUGGCUUGUGGACUUAUUCUGACUCUUCUAUCAGCCAGUACAGAGACAAAACCAUUAACGCAGGCGGAACAGAGGUCUCUUAGUGCACUAUUUGGAGAGGAGCUGUCCGAGUUCCUAGCAUCAGAUGAGAGUCAAAGAAGGGUGGAGGACAGAGCACGCCUUCUCCGGGACUUCCGAAUGGACACCCGGGCCAAAGGCAUGUGGGCUCGGAUCAUGAACGACCAGCCCGGAUCUAGGAGACACAGAGCUGGAUCUAAGAAAGGCGGAACGACAGCCAGGAGCGGAUGCUUUGGACACAAGAUGGAUAGGAUAGGAACAAUGAGCGGAAUGGGCUGCCAACCGUCUCACUACCCCUCUGUAAACAAUCUUUCAUGAGCGCAUCAAGGACGUCUCUGAUUUUGGAUAGGACGGAAUUACUACUCUGAGGAAAAACAUCAAAGAAUGGGACUAAUGGUACGAAGCCACUACAAGCACCAAUUGUGGUGACAAUGACACGUACAAACGAUAUAAAAUCAAUAGAUCAAACAUAUGCAUUAAAUAAGAGACACAGCGGAUAAUGUGGAUAAAAAGCUGUAUAUUGUUGCUGCUGCUGUACAUUCAUGUAUUUUGUUCUCGCAUAAAUGUAUUUAUGUUUUAAAAACUAUUUAUAUGUUUAUAAAAGAGAUAUUUAUAAAUAUGAGUUUUAUUUAUGUAACAUUUUGCAAUGCAAACUGCAGGUCAAUUCCGUUUGUAACUUUUAUGUCUCUAAUAGUUGUAAAUGUAAGUAAAUGUUUUACAAACCAUUAAAAUGCACAAAAAGGAAACAAAAUCCUGCAAGUUCA